UGAUUCCACCUCUCCCUCGGAGAAAAGAGAGAGAAGGCAUCGAUAGAAGAUCUCGAGUUCCAACUUCACGACCAACUUUCGCGAAAGAUCUUCCGAUGUCUGUCGUUGAGGCUUUUGAUAUUUUGGUCUGCCUCACUCGAUUCCGUGAGCAGCUGAGCUAUUUUUCGGUGAGGGUGUCGGAGUCGAUGGCGGCGACGAGCUGCGCGGCCGUCGAUGCGGCGGAGGAGUGCCGGGACGGCGAGGAGGCUUUGCGGCUUAAGGUUGCCGCCAUCGCGGCGAUCCUGGUGGCCGGAACCGUCGGCGUGGCCAUCCCUCUCGUGGGGCGGAAGCAGCGGCUUCUGCGCACGGACGGGGGCCUGUUCGUCUGCGCCAAGGCGUUCGCCGCCGGUGUUAUACUCGCAACGGGCUUCGUGCAUAUGUUGCACGGCGCAGAGUCGUCGCUCACGCACCCCUGCCUCCCGGACUCUCCCUGGCGGCGCUUCCCCUUCGCCGGCUUCGGAGCAAUGCUGGCGGCGCUUGGCACCCUCGUCGUCGACUUCUUGGGAACCCAGUUCUACGAGCGGAAGCAACGAGCGGAGUCGACGAAUGCCGCGGCCGCCGUAACUGCAGUGGCGCCAAUAACGGCAGCGGAAGAUGACAAGAACGGAAUCACCGUCAUCUCAGUGGCCCCGGAGGCGAGGGGGAAGGGGUCGGGGAGUGAGAAAGGCCCAAUGCACAUCGUAGGGAUGCACGUCCAUUCGACGGCGCAUCGCCACGGCCAUGUGCACGUCCUCGCGACCCCCGGCCGCUCUCACGGCCAUGACCACGAGGACGAGGGCGAGACCUCCUCUCACGCAAGGAACGUGGUGGUAUCUCAGAUAUUGGAGCUUGGAAUCGUGUCGCAUUCCGUCAUCAUCGGACUCUCGUUGGGCGUGUCACAGAGCCCAUGCACCAUAAGGCCCCUGGUGGCAGCCCUCUCCUUCCACCAGUUCUUCGAAGGCUUCGCACUGGGCGGGUGCAUCUCGCAGGCACAGUUCAAGAACACGGUGGCGGCCGUGAUGGCGUGCUUCUUCGCCAUCACGACGCCCGCGGGGAUCGCCGUCGGCUUGGGCAUCGCGUCGUCCUACAACGCCAAGAGCCCGAGGGCGCUGGUGGUGGAGGGGUUGCUGGACUCGAUGUCGGCGGGGAUUCUGAUAUACAUGGCUUUGGUGGAUCUGAUCGCUGCUGAUUUCCUGAGCCAGACGAUGAGAUGCAACGCGCGGCUUCAGGUGGCGUCCUACUCUGCCCUGUUCCUCGGCGCCGGAGCGAUGUCGGCCCUCGCCGUCUGGGCGUGAAUCGUGAUGCACUCCUUUACCGAGGGAGGAGAAUAUUACUUCAUGUGACUGCGAUCCUUCAUUUGUUUAUGAGAGAAAGCUUGUUUGUCUUCAUGUCUUGUGGUCAUUUCAUGGCCAAGCAAUGUCUAAUAAAGUCCACCUCCGAUGAGGAUAAUUACUGCUAUCA